CUCUCACAGUUGCUCCCAUCUCUUCAUCUGGGCGAGCCUCGCUCCCCCAUCAACAGCUCCGAGUUGACUCCCCGCAGGAAACACCGUGACCGACGUUCCCGAUCAACAAGCAGAGUGAUAUCGAACUCAAGACAAUUCCUCCAAACCCCGUUUACCGUUCUCGACAAGCGCCACCGCCGCCAAGAUGGUUCUGCACAAUCCCAACAACUGGCACUGGGUGAACAAGGAUGCGUCAGCGUGGGCGCGCCAGUGGUUCGAGGAUAACCUCACCAAGAUCGAGGCAAAGGAAGGAGAUGUCACGGCCAAGAUCACCAAAGUCAUCAGCAUGAUUGGAGAUGUCGAGGUGGCGCAGCGCAAGGGCAAGGUCAUUACGAUUUUUGAUGUCAAGUUAACCCUGGAGUAUACAGGCUCCACUCCCGAGGAUGACGACAUCUCGGGCACCAUCACGAUUCCGGAGGUGUCGCACGAUCUCACGGAGGACGAGUUCGUGUUCGAAAUCGAUAUCUACUCCGAAUCCAAGGACAAGCAGCCAGUCAAGGACCUUGUCCGGUCGAAGCUCGUCCCCCAGCUGCGGACCGAGUUUCUCAAGCUGUCCCCAGCCCUGAUUGCCGAGCACGGCAAGGACAUUCAGCAUGCUCCCGGCUCGAACCCCUCGAGUGGCUUCUCUACCCCGAAAUACCUCCCCCAGACCACGUCUUCAGCCAAGCCGGCGACCACAUCAAGCUCAAAGACGACCAAGACCUCGAUCGUCAACACGACCACUGUGACCGACAACGAGGAGUUCCGCACGACGGCCGAGGAGCUCUACCAGACCUUCACCGACCCUCAGCGGAUAGCCGCCUUCACUCGGGCGCCUCCCAAGGUGUUUGAGGGGGCCAAAAAGGGCGGCAAGUUUGAGCUGUUUGGCGGCAAUGUCUCGGGCGAGUACCUGGAGUUGGAGCAGCCGAAGAAGAUUGUCCAGAGCUGGCGUCUGGACCAGUGGCCGGCCGGCCACUACUCGACCCUACAGAUCGAGUUCGACCAGAACGAUGUUGACAAGGUCACCACCAUGCGCGUAGAGUGGACGGGCGUGCCCAUCGGCCAGGAAGAAGUGACCAGGCGGAACUGGCUCGAGUACUAUGUCCGCAGCAUCAAGCGGACUUUUGGCUUCGGAACGAUUCUCUAGAGGAACGGCAUUGCAAGGGAGACGGCGUUUGGACGGAAGGGUUACGGCAGUCUGACGGGUAUGCACGGUACGGGAUGGCAAUGGCAUCUAAAGACUUAGAACGGCCCAGCCUCGUGUAUCUCAGGGGUCACGAUUUCUUGAUGAUUCCUGGGUAUCACCG